AUGGCUCUCAACGGUAUAAAGGUCGUCGAGUUUGCCGGCCUAGCACCGGGUCCAUUUGCCGGUCUCAUCCUAGCGGACAACGGCGCAAGUGUCGUUCGAAUUGACCGUCCAGGUGCUGUCUCAACAGACAUUCUCUGUCGAGGGAAAAGAUCUAUUGCAAUCAACCCCAAAACCAAAAGUGGAAGAGAAGUCCUGAAGAAACUCAUCGUCAAUUCGGACGUAUUAAUUGACCCAUUUCGGCCUGGUGUUCUCGAGCGUUUAGGACUGGGACCAGAGGUCUUCCUUGGGAAGGAUGGAAAGGGAGGCUUGAACGAUAGAUUGGUGUAUGCUAGAAUGGUGGGAUUUCCGAGAACAGGGAGGCAAAAGGAUAUGGCCGGACACGACAUCAAUUAUCUUGCAUCGAGUGGUGUUCUUUCAAUGUUACCCGGAGCACACGAUAGACCAUCGUUUCCUCUCAAUCUACUUGCCGACUUUGCGGGUGGAGGGUUAACUUGUGCUUCUGGGAUACUACUCGCUCUCCUCGCUCGCUAUCAAACGGGCUGUGGGCAAGUAGUCAACACGGAUAUGGUAUCCGGGGUGAGAUAUUUGUCGUCGUUCCCUCUAAUAAUGAAGCAACUUCCUACCCCCAACGCAUUUUCUGGGAAGCGGGGAAGCAAUCUCCUGGACGGGGGAGUACCUUUUUACAAUCUCUACCCGUGCAAGGAUGGAGAAUGCAUGUCUGUCGGCUGCCUUGAACCUCAGUUUUUCCGGGCCUUCAUCGAAGGCUUUGUCAAAGCCCUCCCAAAAGAUUUCCGUGCAAGUUAUGGGUGGGUGCCAACUCCAGAAACGCAGACUAAACAGGAAGAGUGGCCGAAGUUGAAAGACUACAUAGAGAGAGGAUUUAGGACUCGGAAUAGAGAUGAAUGGGCUCAAGUCUUCCAUGGCACAGACGCGUGCUGCGUCCCGGUUCUCACAACGCAGGAGGCUGUCGAACGUGAAUUCUUUGAUGCUACCCCUUCUCCUCAUCCACACGUCGUUGGUUUAGCUCCAGCUCCCGCCACCUCUUCCGAGUCAACCACAGUCUUGAAUGCGGGAGAGCACACUGAAGAGAUUCUACAUGAAAUAGGAAUCUCGGUAGCUGAAAGGAAGCAAUUGGUGCAAGAGAAGGCGAUUGAGGAUAUCAAAACUAAGCUAUGA